UAUGGUUCUAGGACUGCAGUUCUUACAUGAGCACAAUAUCGCCCAUCGGUAAGUAAUAAUUAAGUCUUAUAUUUAUUUCAGACCUUUUAUAUUAUACAUAUUUUUGUUGAACCAAUAUCUUAUAAUGCACUUCAAUUUGAUUUGCAGAGAUCUAAAACCAGAGAAUAUAUUGCUGUAUGGUGAUGGUUAUGUCAAAAUUGCAGACUUUGGGAUCAGCGAAUUAGGUAAGAUUUGUAACAUAUACACGGUUAAGCAGUUGAGCAUUGGUCAUAUAUGUUAUUGUAACCAGAGGUAGACAGAGGGGCACAGUACAACAACCUGCUUUGUGUCAUAUACUGGGUAGAUAAUUAAAGACCUGCAGUGACUUCUGCUCUUCUGUUCAACCAAUGAAUAUAACUUUUAUAUGGAUAAACUUUUUAACUUACUGCUUUCUUUCUGCUUCAGGAAUGAACUUUGACACCAUAACCAAUGGCGAAUGUGGAACCAUCUUCUAUAAGGCCCCAGAAUUAUUCCGUGGUCAAUACACAAGAUCAGUAGACUGGUGGGCACUGGGAGUGACCAUUUAUGAACUGCUCACUGGAAUCGUACCAUUUAAUGGAACAACUACACUUGAAAUUUAUGUAAUCAUCAAAAGUGAGGAGCCAAAAUAUCCAGAAGAUAUAACUGAGGAUACGCUCAGUAUAUUAGUAAAUCUCUUAAAGAAAGAUGCACAGCUUCGCCUUGGGACAGGUGAACAUGGUACAGAGGACGUGAAGAAGAGUCCAUUCUUUGAGGUAUGUUAUUCUGGUAUCCUGCAUGCCAGAUUCACUUAUUUUUGCUCAUACCCACUAUGAGCUAAUAUCUUUAUUGCAAAUCUGCAUACUUUGAAUAGAUUAAUAAUGUACAUUCUAUUUCUCCUGUUUUUAUAGGGAUUAGACUGGGUGGCUCUUGAAAAUAAAGAAAUCCAGCCCCCAUUUAUUCCUGAAA